GCUAAUAGGAAAGCCCAAUAGGCCCAAUGUGUUUCUACGGUUUUUCCGAAUCGCUAACGUAAGCAACUUGAGUGCAAGUGUGACUACCAUGCGCCUUUACUCUGUCCCCCCCAUUUUGAACACUAGAGUCGCAAAACCCUCUGCAAGAACCCUAAAAGCUAAAACCUUUUUGCGGUCAAAACCGAAAUGGGGAAAGUUCCGCCGUCGUUUCGCUCUUUUCCGGCGAACCAACUGGUCAGAAAACCCACACCAUCUCCUCCAGCGACGCCGCGUGAUUUUCGCAACAGAACCGCCGUGAGAGAUUCAACUAGACUCCCCCAGACUACUCAUCAUCAACCCCUUCAUCGCGAGCCUUUUAGGAACCCUUUCAAGUCACCAAGUCUCUCAGACGCCAAAAGCCUCUUCAAUUCAAUCGCCGCCACUUCAAGAAUCCCACUCGAUCUCAAAUUCCACAACUCUGUUCUUCAAUCAUACGCCUCGAUCGCCGCCGUCGACGAUACCGUGAAAUUGUUUCAGCACAUCUUGAAAUCGCAGCCUAAGUUCUCUCCUGGGCGUUCCACUUACCUCAUCUUGCUCUCACAUGCUUGCAGAGCUCCUGAUUCGUCGAUUGCGAAUAUUCAUAGAGUUCUCAAUCUCAUGGUCAAUAGUGGUUGUGAGCCUGAUCAUGUGACAACUGAUAUUGUUGUUAGGUCUCUUUGCGAAACGGGUCGGGUUGAUGAAGCUAAGGAUUUGAUGAAGGAGCUGACUGAGAAACACUCGCCUCCGGAUACGUAUACUUAUAACUUUCUACUUAAGUAUAUGUGCAAAAGCAAAUCACUUGGUGUUGUUUAUGAGUUUGUUGAUGAGAUGAGAGAGUCUUUUGAUGUGAAGCCUGACCUUGUCAGCUUCACUAUCUUGAUUGAUAAUGUCUGUAACUCUAAGAAUCUGAGGGAGGCAAUGUUUUUAGUUGAUGUCUUAGGUAACUCUCAUAAUGGGUUUAAGCCUGAUUGUUUCGUCUAUAACACCAUUAUGAAAGGCUUUUGCACACUGAGUAAAGGGAGUGAGGCGAUUGGUGUUUAUAAGAAGAUGAAGGAAGAAGGUAUUGAGCCGGAUCAUAUUACUUACAAUACAUUGAUAUAUGGAUUGUCGAAAUCUGGGAGAGUUGAGGAAGCUAGGAAGUACUUGAAAAUUAUGGUUGAAGCGGGUUAUGAGCCAGAUACUGCUACUUACACGUCGCUGAUGAAUGGAAUGUGUAGAAAAGGCGAGUCUUUAGGUGCGUUGAGUUUGUUGGAAGAGAUGGAAGCAAAAGGUUGUGUUCCAAACGAUUGUACUUAUAAUACUUUGCUUCAUGGGUUGUGCAAGGCGAGGUUGAUGGACAAAGGGAUGGAGUUAUAUGAGUUGAUGAAAGCGAACGGUGUAAAGCUUGAGACUAAUGGUUAUGCUACGCUUGUGAGGUCACUGGUUAAAUGUGGCAAGGUGGCAGAGGCUUAUGAAGUGUUUGAUUAUGCAGUUGAGAGCAAGAGUUUGACAGAUGCUUCUGCGUACACGACUCUUGAAACUACCUUGAAAUGGUUGAAGAAAGCGAAAGAAAAAGGCUUGGUUGUCUAAGUGGUAUUCUCUUGCUAAGGCUUACCAACUUUCUUCUUUAUGCAAGUCUUUGUUAUUUUCUAUAAAAGGAAUGAUAUUUGAUUCGUUAAUAUUGAAAUUAACAGUUAAAUCCUCGAGGAACCAGUAUUGAUUUAUGAUAAUAGGUGGUUGGUUAUCUAUGUUGGUAAUAUUCUUGUCACAUGAGAUCUCUAAAGGGUUCCUUAAGCACUCGAAUGAUCGAUUGAGGGACAUUUUUUCUGCUAUGUUUCUAUAAAAAAAUAUCAUUUUCUGCGAUUCAAUUGGUAUCAGCUUUUUGUUUAGUGUCAUGUACUCUGUUCUUACAAGCUAUUGUAAACUGCUAUAAUUUUGGUUGUAUCCUGAGAGAGAUUUGCUUUGAUAAAUUACCCCAUGUGUUCGGGGUAAACGAGGCAGAGUAUCUUGAACAAAGAUUGUUUCUUUUCUCUAGCUGCAGGAAGAGACUGAACAAACU